AUGGGAGAUCAACCAUUGACCAAAGCAGAUUUUCAGGGUUUUACCGUGGCUCUAACCUCGGCCCUAACUGCUUUGACUAAUCAGAUGAAAGUUUUAACCAAUCAGACGGAAGCUUUAACCAACAAGGUUAUCAAAGCCGGACAAAGAGAAAGGAGAGGAGAACGAAUUAGGGUUCUACAUGUUCAAGACAAUAGUGUCGAAUUUAGCAAUCACAUGAACAUGCUAAUCGAUAGAUUGAAGAUAGCCGGCAAAAGUCAGAAAAUAGACAAAGAAGGAGAUUCAAUUAGGGUUCCAAGAGAUGAAAACAAUUGUGUUGUUGUUAUUGAAAACCCUAGUUCUCUUGAAGAAGACUUUGUAGAGAAAGAGAUUGAUCAACAGAAUCUGCAUGAUAAUAAUGCUUUUCACACUAAGGCAGAUAUUUCAUUAUCCUAUGAAAUCCCAGAAGUGGAGAAGACAGAAGUUCCAGAAGGAGUGCUAGUGAUCUACAAAGAUUUUAAGAAACUGAUUGCAGAUGAACAAGGGAAGAAAAAGAUUGAUGUUGGCAAGCAGAAGGGAACCAAAGUUUUCAAAGAGGAUGAUGAUUUAAUUGUGUUCCUCCAUAACAAGAAGUUUCAAGUUGUUACAUACAACAAAGCACAACCUAGCAACUAUGGUCAGCCUUUUAAAGAGAUGUGA